GCAAUUAGAUUUUAAAACCGAAAUUGAUAUCAUUGUAUAAAACCUCUUAUGAUAUUGAUUGAAUUGUAAAUAACACUAGGGUAUAUAAAGACGGGUUUUAGUCAGCAUUCACUAAUAUAUAAGGUCAUUGUGGCAUAUGUCAAACGUAAAGUGAACUGAACAAGAUGGAGAUAUUAGACAAGAAAGUUUCUCCAGGGUACGCGCUGCAAUGUAUCAAAUCGUGUGCAGAAAACGGUGAAACUACAGCAUUGGAAGAACAUCUUAGACUUCAUAAACCUAAGCUAACAGAUGAGCUCAUUCCUGUGUUAUGCGAUGCUUUUUUACAACGCCAUGAUGGAGAAGUUAAGAUCGUACUUUCUGCACUGGACCAAGAAAUCAGAACAUACUAUAGCAAGAAUGAAAAGACUGCGACCAAUAAGUUACUGUGUUUGGCCAUCGAGAGAGGAGAUAGAGACAUCGUUUUAGAAUUGAUUGAUAAAGGUGCUAGCGUUAACGGUCAUAUAUAUGGAAAACCUCUGUUACAUAUUGCCGCCUGCCACGGACACUUCGACAUUGUUACAGAGUUGAUGAAGGCCGGAGCUGAUAUAGACAGUGUAGACAGGCGGGGCGACGGCAUCAUCCAUUCCAUAUUGACCUGUCAGCUGAAAAAUAAGGGUCCCAUGGUAUGCUGGGUAGUCAAUCUUGGUGCAAACACUCUAGUCAAAUCUUCCUCAGGAAAACUGCCAAUUCAUCUUGCUGCUAAAAACGACCGAGACGCCCUAGUCGAAAUUAUUCGACACGGACAUGACGUCAAUACUCCUGAUGACGUCAAUAAUGAAACGCCUUUGCAUAUUGCGUGUGGCGCCGUCUGUCGGGAAACUAUUCAAGAACUUAUUCACUCUGGAUGUCGCUUUAAUAUGGUAAAUAAUCUAGGAGAAACACCUUUAGCAAAACUGCUACGGUUCACCAGCAACGUUCAUGAUUUUCACACAAAAACACGACUGGGCAUAGCAAAGGUGCUAAUUUCUAUUGGAUUUCAAAUGAACAGUCAGAGUCAAAAGACAUCUAGAGGUUAUAGUAAAGGACGAGACAAAUGCUAUGAUAGAUAUGUCUCCCUCAAAAUGUCCUUAAAUACACCUCCAUCAUUACAGACCUUGGCUCGACGGACGGUGAGAGACUCGCUUACACCGGGUUCAAAUUUACAAAAAGAAAUAAACAAACUUGAUAUCCCUAAGAAUCUCAAAUGGUUUAUAAUGUUUCAGGAUUGGAAACUUUAGACUAGUUUUCUUUACUAUCAAAUAAUUACUCACACCGUUGUUAAAUUCAUCUCAGAAUGCGCAGAUUGUUUUUAUCUUAGCCUUAACCAAAUGUGUUUAAAACUUGCAUUAUGUUCUUAUACUCACGGGCAUUUUUAUUUAUUUCAUCACAAGCUAGUCGAAUUAUUAAAGUCAAAUUUAAUACAUGUUAUAUACAAGUU